CAGAGACGGCAGUUUUUUCUUCUGACCACUUCUUGCUUCUUCUUUACUAUAAAACAGUACAAUCUCCCCUCUUUUGACUCUCUACUCUCUCUCUCUCCUCUUUGCAAUGUGUUCUCUCUCUACAAAUUUACCCCAUUUUUUAUUUUAAUUUAAUUUAAUAAAAACAACAUUGUGAUUGUGAAUUCUCUGCGUGAAUCAACAGAAAGUCUUCUUAUUCACACACCAUAUGAAGAUUUAAAGAAUCUUGAAAUAGAGUUUCUUGAAAACCCAUGAACAAAGGGUUUUUUUAGGGGAUUGAAUUUGGGGAUUUAUGGAGGAGGUUGAAGCAGCUAAUAAAGCAGCUGUUGAAAGCUGCCAUAGGAUUCUUAAUCUAUUAGCUCAACCUAAAGAUCAUGUGCAAUCCAAACACCUUUUUGUACAAACAGAAGAAGCUGUUGUUAGGUUCAAGAAAGUUGUAUCUCUUCUUGAUGAUAAUUUAAGUCAUUGCAGAGUAAGAAAAUUCAAAAAAGUUCAAAACUUGAUCCCCCAAAACAUACUUCUAGAUAGUUCAACAAUUCAAGAAACACCAAAAGCCCUACAGUUGCAGCUUACACCUCCAAAUCAGACUCACCCGGUUCACGAAAAUGUUCCCAACGGUGCGAUCAAGAACGCGUUUUCGUUAUCGACCCACAAACCGUCGCUCGAGUUGAACUCAAUUGGGAAGAACUCGGUUCAAAUCGGGAGUUCCCAACAAACCCCUAACCUUAAUUCUAAUUACCAGUUUCUGCAACACAAUCACCAGCAGCCAGCUCAGUUACAGCUCAAACAGCAGACUGAGAUGAUGUAUCGGCGUAGCAAUAGUGGGAUAAAUUUGAAUUUCGAUAGUGCGGUUUGUACCCCUACUAUUUCGUCGAAUAGGUCGUUUAUGUCGUCGUUGAGUAUGGAAGGAAGUGUGACUACGUUAGACGGGAGUUCUUUCCAUUUAGUCGGGUCAACUCGGUCAAGCGAUCAAGGUACACACCAACACAAACCGAGGUGUACGGGUAGGGGAGAUGACGGGAGCGUGAAAUGUGGGAGUUCGGGUAGAUGUCACUGCAAAAAGAGGAAACACAGGGUUAAGAGGCAAAUCAAAGUACCCGCUGUUAGUAACAAGCUUGCGGAUAUCCCGCCUGACGAGUAUUCUUGGAGGAAAUAUGGCCAGAAACCUAUCAAGGGUUCUCCUCAUCCCAGGGGUUACUAUAAAUGCAGCAGUAUGAGAGGUUGUCCGGCAAGGAAGCACGUGGAGAGGUGUUUGGAUGACUCAACAAUGCUUAUCGUCACAUAUGAAGGCGACCACAACCAUACAAGGGUACCUUCUCAAUCAGCAAACACAUGAACAAAAAAACAGUCUUUUGAUACGAGAAAAGCUCAAGAUCAAUGUUGUUUGUUGUCUGUUUAACUCUUUUCUUGGUCGCAUUUGGGUUGGUCCCGUACAUGUUUUUAAUGCGAUUUUAGGGAAAUAUAUGGUGGUUUAGAUCAACUUUUCAUAUGGAACGGUUGGUUUUUGUUCAAAAUUUGAACCUAGGGUAGACUUUUUCGGGUUUUUUAUGUUUUUCUGGUACAUUGCGUUUUGGCGAAAA